ACGCCGCAGCAUGCGAUGAAAAGUGCUGCGGCAAUGGUAAUUGCCGUCACGACUAUCAUAGCGUACGUGAAGUACCUGUGACCGAGGAUGUCGUGGCUGGCUGCAGGUUCCAAGUCGUAGAUAUCUUGGGCUUGGAUCUGCUUAAUUGUUCUUUUGAUUGCAUCCAACCUGUUGGCGUUAUGGUUGAGUUGGAUUGCGGCCUGGUCGCGUUCCAAUUGGAGGCGGUUAAUCAGCGCCGUCUGGUUGCUGAUGGCGACGGACUGAUCCUCAAUCAGCUGGGCCUUUUCCCCAUCCUGUUUCUGAUUGAUGAG